GUGUUCACGUUCGAGCUCUGCAUCUCCAAGGUGGCCCCCAGCGACCGGGGCGAUUAUCGCUGCGAGGUCACGGCCAAGGACAAGAAGGACAGCUGCUCCUUCAACAUCGACGUCGAGGCCACCCGGCCCUCGGGCUCCGACAACAUCCUGCAGGCCUUCAAGAGGACGGGUGACGCCAAGAACAACACGGCCGGAGAGCUGGACUUCAGCGGGCUCCUGAAGAAGAGGGAGGAGCAGGCGGAGGAGACGAAGAAGAAGAAGAAGAAGGACGACGAGGAAGAUCUGAUCCCGCCCGAGAUCUGGGAGCUGCUCAAGGGCGUCACCAAGAAGAGCGAGUACGAGCGCAUCGCCUUCCAGUACGGCAUCACCGACCUGCGCGGCAUGCUCAAGAGGCUCAAGAAGAUCAAGGUGGAGCCCAAGAAGAGCGAAGCCUUCGUGCGGAAGCUGGACCCCGCCUACCAGGUGGACAAAGGGAACAAGAUCCGGCUGAUGGUGGAGCUCAGCAACCCCGACCUGCCCCUCAAGUGGUACAAGAACGGGCAGCUCAUCAAGCCCAGCAACAAGUACGUGUUUGAGAACGUGGGGCUCAAGCGCAUCCUGACCAUCACCAAGUGCUCGCUGGCCGACGACGCCGCCUACGAGUGCCGGGUCAACGACGAGAAGUGCUUCACCGAGGUCUUCGUCAAGGAGCCGCCGGUGACCAUCAUGAAGGGCCCCGAGGACCAGCAGGUGGUGGUGGGCGACCGGGUGGUGCUGGAGGCCGAGGUGUCCGAGGAGGGGGCGCAGGUCAUGUGGAUGAAGGACGGCGUGGAGCUGACCCGCGAGGACGCCUUCAAGUACCGCUUCAAGAAGGACGGCAAGAAGCACUUCCUGAUCCUCAACGAGGCCACCAAGGAGGACACCGGGCGCUACCGGAUCCUCACCAACGGCGGCGAGGCCGAGGCCGAGGUCAUCGUGGAAGACAAGCAGCUGGAGGUGCUGCAGGGCAUCGCGGACCUCACGGUGCAGGCCACCGAGCAGGCCGUGUUCAAGUGCGAGGUGUCGGACGAGAAGGUCACCGGGCGCUGGUUCAAGAACGGCGUCGAGGUCCGGCCCAGCAAACGCAUCCACAUCACCCACGCGGGCAGGAUCCACAAGCUGGUGAUCGAUGACGUGCGGCCCGAGGAUGAGGGCGAUUACACCUUCGUCCCCGACGGCUACGCCCUGACCCUGUCGGCCAAGCUCAACUUCCUCGAGAUCAAGGUCGAGUACGUCCCUAAACAAGAGCCCCCCAAGAUCCACCUGGACUGCUCGGGGAAGGACGCCGAGAGCACGCUCGUGGUGGUGGCCGGCAACAAACUGCGGCUGGACGUGCCCGUGUCCGGAGAGCCGCUGCCCACCGUCACCUGGAGCAAGGACGGACAGGCGUUCGGGGCCAGCGAGGGC